GCCAUACAGGGCGAGCAAUAAUGAACUUUACCCAUGAAGGUCCGACCUAAAAAUCACAUUUUAUUUAAUAACUUUUUAGUGGUGGCACCUGGACCAUUUAUAUUCUCAGGGAUUAAAUACUUUAAUAACCCCAGUAUUUGUGUAAAAUUACAAUCUUCCAACUUUAAUAGGUUCUGAGCAAUUCGAAUUUUCGCGUUUAAUUCAUUUGCGGCGUCCCUGUACAUGGUGAAAAGAUCAAACAACAUCUAAAGGAUCCGAAAUUUUGUUUUACAACACAUACUAAAAUUUCAGGGUUCCAGCGAUAGUACAAGUACCCGAAAAAUGCGAUUUUAUGAAAAAAGUCCAUUUUUUUGCGUUUUUGCAGGUAAUUGGAGGUGUCAACCUAAACUCUGAUGAAAUGGCUGGUGGGAACAAUACUUUGACGCAUGGUGGAUACAAAUUUUUUGCUCGUGACAGGUGGCCGGGACUUGGUUGGGUUUUUUGUAAAAUUAUGAAUGAAAAUGAACCGGAAACGAUCAGGGAAAGGAAGCACCGAAUCAGAAAAUGAAUGGGCUUUCCGAAUCUGUGCAUAUCAAUAGGGGAAAUUGUGUAUUGCGGCCAGGAAAAUUCGGCAAACAUUUUGACGUCUUCGAAAAAUGCCGUUUUUUUGAAAUGUCAGUGUCUUUAUACCGGGGUGAGACGAAAUGAAAUUUGCCCGAUUAUUUUAUUAAAAUUAUUCGAAUAUAUACACGGGUCAGUCGUAAUGAUCUACUUAAUUUAAAAUAAAAAUUUCGAUAUUAGAUUUUAUUUCGCCCAGUUAGUUUUAUUCUACAAAAUCAAAGAUUCUGAAGCACCCAACACUUAUUAAACUGAUUAGAUCUAAAAGUGCUGUGCUCCAUUGACAAACCAAGCAAGUAAGCAAGGUUUUUGGAAAAAUUUUACUCAUUGCAUCCUAUAGUAUUGGUACAUAGUUCCAUUCUACAAAAUCAAAGAUGCCAAAAAUGAGUAAAAAGUCCGCUAAGACGAAAAAAAUCCAGAAAAAAAAAAUAUAUUUAUCCAAAAAAUUGGAAAAUACAGAAAGCGGUAACAAAGACGAAAACUUACAAAAUACUGGUAAGCAAGGACAUGGGCAACACAAGUUGCCCAUAAACAAGAUCCCAGAGGAUAGUACAAGUAAGGUAAAAUUCAAUGAAGUUGUAAUAGAGUCUAAUAAGCGAAAGUCAUUGACGGUUAUUGACAACAAUGAAGUACCAUUGUCAUCAAAAACUGUUAAUCAUAAAAAACAAAAAGUUAUUGAUUCUUUUCAAAAGUUAUCCCAUACAGGUGAAAUUCAGAAUAGUGACAAAAUGCAGGAAGACACUACAAUCAAUCAUCCAACCAAGUUUGAACUAGCAUUGAGAGAAGGCCCCACCAUUGUUUGCAGUUGUUGUAUGCGAUUAUGGUUUUCCACUUCAUGUCGAAAAAUAGAUCUACAAAUGCUAGAAAACAAAUUUGGAAACCAAUUCACUACACAAAUUUGUAAUGAUGGGGUUUUCUUCUGCAACUCUUGCUCUCAAAACAUUUAUAAAGGACAAUUGCCAAAGUUCUGGUCCGGCAAUCAUAAUAUUGUUCACCCUAUUCCAGUUGAGCUAAAAGAUCUGACUAUCCUUGAAGAAAGGAUGGUGUCGGCCAGGUUACCUUUCAUGCAAAUCCGACAGGUAGGAUAUGCACGGCAGUGUUACAUAACUGGCCAAAUAGUCAAUGUCCCUAUAAAUAUAGAUACUUCGACCAAAUUAUUGCCUAGAAAUGUAGAGGAGACACAAACUAUUCAGGUUAAGCUCAAGAGAAAAAUGAACUACAAAAAUGAUUAUCUCCUGGAAACCAUACGGCCCGCAGUUGUUCUAAAAGCGGCAAAAUUUUUGUGUCAACAACCUCUUUACAUACAAGAAGGCAUAAAGCAAUCAGAUGAUUGGGAAAAAAAUAUUAAUGACUAUAUACGAUCUCAAGUAGAAUCCUCUGCACAGAUCUUAAACGAAGGCUCAAAAGUGGUGGAACUGGAUUCUAAAACAGUGUGUAGUGAAAAUUUUGAAGAAUUGUUCGAUAAUGCGUUUUUCGAAACAAUGGAAGUGCCCCUAGAAUCUAAGAAUGACGAUAAAAAUAUUCAAAAAGAAUCUUCAAUUGAAAAAAACAAUAUAUACAAUUUAGAGGAAUUCUUAGAUGAAGAAGAAGAGCCUUUAAAUCCUGGGGGCCAAGAAACUUUGCUUGACAAAUGUAACCUAGAAAAUAUCUGUUUUGCCCCAGGAGAAGGUAAAACGCCAAUACAUUUGAUGCUUGACCAGUUUAGCGAUGAACUCUCAUUUCCUACACUUUUCUGUGGACAUGCUAAGCAAUUUCUUACAAAAUUCUCCUAUUCUGACCAGACGAAAAUACAACUCCAGCACAAAGACAGGCGAUUUGCAAGGACAGACUAUCUGUUGUAUACAUUUAAAAAACGUCAACUAAUCCAAUUAUCCAGUGCAAUUGCAACAUGUCUCAGAAAAAAGAGGAAUGAGGAUGGAAAAUAUACAGCUGGACAAGUAAGACAAGCAAAUUUUCUAGACCAGCUGAUUCGAAGUGACAUGGGAUUCCAUUUUCUUAGUAGAAUUGCAGGUUCACCUGCUUAUUGGAAGCACGAAAAGACAAAAUUACUAUGUAUGAUUCGCCAAUUUGGAAUCCCCACACUGUUUUUUACCGUAUCAGCAGCCGAAACAGCAUGGCCCGAAUUAAUCAAGGUAUUAGCACAAGUUGUUGAUCAAAAAGAUGUUACUUUAGAAGAGGCCGCGAGUAUGCCCUACUUAGAAAAAACUCGCUUAAUUAGAACAGAUCCGAUAACUUGUGCCAGAUACUUUGAUUAUCGGUUCAAACUGCUAUUUAAACAUAUGAAGAGUCAAAAUGGACCCUUUAAACAAAAUCCCAUAGAGCAUCAUUAUUACCGCAUAGAAUUUCAACAUCGUGGGUCUCCUCAUGUUCACGGGUUAUUGUGGUUAUCUAAUGCUCCAAAAUUCCAAGAAACACCAGAAAGUUUCAAAGAGUGUGCCGAAUUCGCGAACAGGUAUAUUACCUGUAAUAGUGAUUUAGAAAGUGUCCGUGAUAUAAUUCAGUUUAAUACGCAUCAUCAUUCUAAAUCGUGUCAAAAAGAAGUGCGGGGACACAAAGUUUGCAGGUAUGGUAUCCCAUUCCUGCCAAUGGAUAAAUCGGUAAUUCUAACGCCAAUAAAAAUUGACAAAACCAAGGAAGCGGAUUUACGUAAGGCCAUGUCUGAAAAGUUUUUAAUGAUAAUGCGUAGGCUUAAGGAUAAACCAGAUUUAUCAUUCGAAAACUUUUUGGCUGACCUUGGUAUGUCUAAGGAUGAGUAUCUUAAUGUUAUACAGCACAACAUAUUUAAAACCACUUUAUUUUUAGAAAGGCUGCCAAAAGAUGGAUUUAUUAACAACUUUAAUGCUGAAAUGUUCUCCAUGAUGAAGAGCAACAUGGACAUUCAAUUAGUUUUUGAGCCAUAUGGUUGUUGCACCUACAUAGUCAACUAUAUCAAUAAGUCCCAAAGAGGUGUGUCUGAUAUUUUAAUGAAGACUAUGGAAGAAAUUAAAAAAGGUAAUUUAGAUGUUAAGGGCAAACUUAAAUCUCUUGCAGCUGCUUUCUUAAAUGCGAGCGAAGUAAGUGCCCAGGAAGCCGCCUACAGCGUGUUACAACUACCGAUGCAUGACACCUGUACCUCCUAUGUAUACAUCCAUACAAAUCCAAUCAGGGAAAGGACAAAAAUGUUGAAACCAUUAGCACAACUUAAAGAAAUGGAUAAUGACGAUCCCAAUAUUUAUUGUGAUGGUCUUAUAGAACACUAUGAACAGCGGCCUGAUGAGAUGGAAAACAUAUGUUUGGCUGAGUUUGCGGCCUAUUAUGAUUUCUUUAAGAAACAAGCAGAAACAAAGGCUAAUGGUUUACCCUUAAAAGAUGGAAGUGGCGUUUUAGUUAAAAGGGGUCAUGCUAAAAUUUUAGCCUACCGUAGUUAUGGACUUCAGCAAGACCCUCUUAACUAUUAUAGGGAACAAAUAAUGUUAUACAUCCCAUGGAGAAAUGAAGUGGAUGAAGUUGAAAAUGACAACAUUGAUCAACAGACCAUAUACAAAGAUCGAUACCAAGAGAUUGUUGCAAAUCGACAAAAGUUCAAUGUCUUAAAUGAACAGGUAAUCGACGAAGCACUGAAACUUGCCGAAGACCGAUCAAAUCAAUUAGACGAUGGUGGAUUCGGUGGAGAAAUCGAUGAUGAGUUUAUGCCUUAUGGACUAGACAAGCCCAUUUAUGAUCCAUUCAAUCACAUCAUCGAUAAGAAAGACGACGAAGCGCCAGUAAAACAUAUCGCUUUCCCAACGCCUCAUCAGAUAAGCGAUUCAGAGUAUGAAGCCCUCAUAAGCAAACUGAAUCACAAGCAGUAUCAGUUCCUUAAUGUCGUGCAAGACAGUCUAAUUGAAGGGGAAACUUUCUACUGCACACUUAGUGGUCCAGCAGGUACAGGCAAAAGUCAUCUGAUUACGGCAAUAACCCAGUCGUUAUUGCGCCAUUUCAACUCAAUACCGGGAAAUAAUCCUGAAAGUUUAAAAGUGUUACUUUGUGCGCCUACAGGUAAAGCGGCAUUUAAUAUCGGAGGUAUAACCUUACAUGCGGCAUUAUCGUUACCCGUUAGUCAGUAUGGUGAAGAACUAAUUCCGUUACACCAUGACACCGUUAAUACUAUAUAUUGUAAUUUGUGUGACUUAAAAUUAAUUAUUGUAGAUGAAUAUUCCAUGGUUGGCGCCAGAUUGUUUGACCAUAUUAACAGUAGAUUGCAGCAAAUCUUUAAAUCUGACGCCAUCUUUGGAAAUAUUUCAAUAAUUUUAUGCGGCGAUAAUCGUCAAUUACCCCCAGUAAGGGAUAUGUAUAUUUUUUGCCCGGUAAAAACAAAUCCGUAUAAAGAAUUAUGCGGGACGUAUCUGUGGGAUCAUUUUAAAUAUUUUGAACUUUCAGAAAUAAUGAGACAGAGUGAAGAUAAGUCUUUUGCAGUUGCCCUCAAUAAUAUGGCGUUUGGUAAAAUGACCGACGAAGAUGUGCAAUUGAUCAAGUCCAGGGAAGUCGACAGUAUUGACCAAAUUCCUGAAGACACUAUGCAUUUAUUUUGCACCAAUGCAGAAGUAGAUGCAUUCAAUGAAAUGAAACUGUCUACAUUUAAAACCGAGCGAGCCGUAAGUCAAGCCAGAGACGUUAUCAAAGGGAGUUGCUCAGAACGACUAAAAAAUUUAUUUCUGGAACACGCAAAAAGCUUAAAAAAGGGGGAGAGUUUUGGCCUAAUGUUAAAUUUAAUAUUGCAGGUAGAUGCCAAAUAUAUGAUUUCAAUGAAUGUGGACACCAGUGAUGGAAUAGUCAAUGGUGCAACAGGCAUCCUACGUCAAAUAGACUAUGACCGAAAUAAAAUUCCAUUCAGAGUGUGGAUGGAGUUCUUCGAUUCCAAGUCAGGCCAGGAAUGCCGCAAGAGAAACGAAUCCCUUAAGAUGUCUAUGGGUGUGUUAUACACCUGGACGCCCAUAGAAAAAGCUGCACGAGCUAUUAAAGUUCAAAAAGGCAGCAAUGUUCACGUUGAGCGUCUUCAGUUUCCUCUUGUAAUCAGUGAAGGAAUUACAAUCCACAAGAGUCAAGGUGCCACCUACAAACAGGUGGCUGUUCACGUUGGAAAUCGCAUGACGAGAACCAGUACCUAUGUUGCUUGUAGUCGGGCCACAAAGCUUAGUGGCCUCUACAUCAUUGGUAACUUUAAGGCCCCCAAACCGGUAACCGAAAAGGAUGCCGCUUAUAAAGAACUGGUAAAUAUGCAAGAAAACAAACUUAUAACAUCCAGGUAUGACACUCAGUAUCUUAAUGAUUCUAAUGUCAAAUACAUUAUUGCUUAUCAAAAUGUGCAAAGUCUACCAAAAAAUUUUAAUUUUAUAAAAAAUAAUCCCAUUUUUAAAGACGCACAUUUCCUAAUUUUUGUUGAAACCUGGUUACUUAAAAAGAAACAAAAUUUAAAAAUAAAUGAUUUUGAAGUGUUUGCCAACCUGAAUAACGAUCAAACUAUAAGUAAACCCUUUGGCAUAAUUUGUUUCAAGAAAAAAAAUGUAUCAGCAAAAAUAAAGUCAGUGAAAAAAUACACCAAAGAUUUCUGUGGUAUAGUGUUUCAAGCAAUCACAUUUUACUUAAAUGAAAUUUAUGUCAUAGCAGUUUAUAUUCCUCCAAAAUUGAGCAUUGCACAUGCUAAAUUUUGUUUGGAGGAGAUUAUUGAUCAACAAAGUGAUAUCCUAAUCAUCGGUGAUUUUAAUCAAGAUAUUAUCAAUCAAAAUGAAAAUGGUUUGAAAAAUUGUUUAAUAUCUAAAGGUUUAAGUUGCAAAUUGAGUGUUGGCGAAUCAACUACAAAAUCAAAAACUCAAAUUGAUUGGCUUUUUAGUAAUUUUAAUAAUUUGAGUUACAAUAUUUACAAUACUGUGUAUAGUCACCAUAAAUCACUAGUGGUUAGUAUUUAUGAUAAAGGUUUUAUUCCCAAGCAGGUAAAAAACGUUGAUAAAAAUAAACAAUCUACAAAAGGCUCUACUGAACUAAAAUUUAAUACCAAGCAAAUGCAAAUUUUACCAACACAAAAUUCAUUGGGUAUCUCUACUUACCAAAGUGUAGAAGAUAAUAAUGACAAUAUGGUAGUAGAUAUUAGUUCAGAUGACGAAAACAACCCCAACUUAUUUACUAAACCGCCUGCUUUAUUAAAUACCGAUAUGGUAUCAUGUUAUGCAAAUAGCAUCGUACAGUCAUUUUUAUGUUUACCUGAAUUUCGCUUAUCCAUUUCAAAGCGAAAUACAGCGCUAAACAGUAUUCUAAAUGAUAUUAUGCUGACCAAAAUUAAUUCCACAUUAAAAGUUCGACAAUUGGUGUCUGGUCGAAAUGGUGAAAAUUUUGCUGUAAAUCAACAAAUGGACGCUCAAUCAUUUUGUCAAUCUUUAAUCAGAAGAUUAGAUGCAGAUGAUUUUAGCGUUUUCAUAAAAGCUAAUAGUCAUGAACUUUUAAAUUGUCAAAACUGUAAUAUUAAUAUGAAUGAAAAUGAACAAUUAAUAUACACUCAUUUUCUUUAUUUUCCUGAAAACUGUGGCAAUUUAAUUGAUUUUAAUUCAAUGUUAAUGCUAAAAGACUCUGAUAGAUUAUGCCCAUACUGUAACAAUAAUCUAAAAACACGCUCAGUGGUUAUAUGCCAUAAAUAUUUGGUAGUAUGUCUUCAGAGAAUUGGCCCUCAAGGGAAUAAGAUAAAUACCAAAUUUUACAAUUUUGCCUCUGAAAGUGUUAUUUUGGAUGAUCAAAUAUUCCGAGUAAAAAGUGUUGUUAAACAUCAUGGAAACACCAUUGGAUCUGGUCAUUAUACAUCUAUAGUUAAUUAUAACGAUCAAUGGUGGAAAUGUGAUGAUAAUCGCAUAACUAGAAUGUCUGGGUUUGAUAACACUUUAGAAGAUGUAUACUUAUUGCUCUUAGAAAAAUGUUAAAUUUUGUUAAAAUACUAGGACAAGCCUAUUUAACAUAAACAAAAUUACAAAUGAGCAAAGCAAUAUUCAAUUAGUAUGAGCAGUGAGUUUUGCAUUGCAAGCAAAUAAAACAUCAGUUUACUCACACUUCUAGCUCAACAUGCAUCCAGGGGUUAUCCGGCCCGACUGUAACCAAAACUCUUGACGCACUUAGAUUCAGAUAUUAGGUUAUGAUCUCCCCCUACCCCCAAAAGAUUUCACUAUGUGAUGUCUUUAUAUAUUAGAGCCAUCUUAUGCGAUAAGUGAUUAAACCUAGCUUAAUAGCCAAUUUGUUAUAAUGCAUGUAAUUACUUAUUGCAAUGGGUGGCGGAUUUUUCAUUCGGCGAGGCAACUCUUGCUAUCGUCUUGAGGUAUCAAAAGUCGGAGUAUAAUGAUUAGCGUGUGGUAAAUAGUAGAUAAUUGUAGAAGUGCCUAGUGCUAAUGGCAUGGCUUACUAUUAAUCAUUCGCUUUCACAAUGAAAAUCCCUUUUCUAGUUUUAUAUAUAUUUUAAAUAUAUAUUUAAUUAUAAAAGUCUCUCUGGGAGAGUAAACUAUACAAUUUCAUAUUUAUCUGUAAAACAUAUAAUUUUGCUAUGUGGUUACUAAGCACAAUUAAUUCUUUAAUUUAUAUUUUAUGGUUUAUUUUCAAUGUGAUAUGGAAAUGUAUGGUUAAUCUGUAAAAUAGCAAAUCAACAGACCAUGUCUGUUUUGUUUAAAUAUGCUAUAUUAAUUUAAAACAGCAUAACCUCGUAAAAUCAGUUUUCGUUAUAAAUGUUCAUGAUAUAAAUAUGAGAUAUUAUUAUGUUAAUUUAUUAAGAAUUUUUUAGAGAAAGUUGAUGUAAUUAAUUCGCGAUUUACAAAAAACUGAUUUUCGCUCUGACAAGUGCCUCUCAAGUCCUGGAUGAUUCUUAAACAAAUAAAAUUCCUUUUUUAGCAACAUUAUCUUCUGAUUGUGACAAAUGUUUUGUCAUAGUAAUUUAAUAUUUAUUUUUUUUUAACCAUACAAUCUUUUUUAUAUUGUAUUUAGGAAAUUAAGAUUGAUGACUAUAUUACUACUUUGGUACCGCUCUUUCCAGAAACGGACUUCCAAUCUGUGGAGAAUAUAG